AUGCCUCGUUACAAGGACGAGUCCCCUGCAGUUCGAGUUUACACUGUCUGUGAUGAAUCCAGAUAUUUGAUUGUGAGGAAUAUUCCUGAAUUAGGUUGUGGUGAUGAUUUGCUGCAACUUUUUUCAUCCUAUGGAGAAGUCGAGGAGUGUAAGCCCAUGGAUGCAGCUGACUGUGAGAAAUACACUGAUAUCUAUUGGAUCAAAUUCCGCCUUGUGAGCAAUGCCAGGUUUGCAAAAAGAAAAUUGGAUGAUUUUGUUUUCUUCGGGAAUAAACUGCAGGUUUCAUAUGCCCCUCAAUUCGAGAGCCUUUCAGACACACAGGAUAAAUUAGAGGGAAGAAGAAGGGAGGUUUUAGCACGAUUGAAUCCUAGAAGAUCUAAAGAGACCUCAGCUACAAGUUCUAACGCUCUGAUUACAUCAAAUACCAAUUGUGCCCAACAUUUAGAUUCUAAUGCAAGGGAUGUAGAAUUCAAAGGAGGUUCACACAAUGGUAAUUUUCCAAGAAGAAUUUCCUCUAAUGAGGAGUAUUUUGCUUCACCGUCCAUGAAUCAAACAGUGAAUCUUGUGCGGGAUAAGCUUGAUAAGAUUCGAUCAAGUGGUGAGCACUUACAAGCUGGAUCUGCAUCAAAGAAACAACGGGUUGAUAAUAGGAGGAGAAUUUAG